AUAUUUCUUCCUCAACUGUAGGUUCAGUUGUGUAUCUGUGUUCUUCGGCUUCAGUUGGUUUGAGCGAUACUGUGGUAGAGGAUUGCUUUCCGGUUGUGGUUCGAAUUUUUCUCGGAAGUGGUUGUCAUGGAUGCGAUAAAAAGUUUUUUUGUGGAUGUGAAGCGAGGCUCCUUCAGCCCGGAAGUGUUGCCCGACGACGAAAAUUUGUUGGACAGGUUCAAGGGUUGCAUGGCUGGGGCUCUUCUUGGGGAUUGCCUGGGUUACUUUUAUGAGGAAUACAAUGAUGUGGACGUGGACAUCCGACCUUUUGAGCUUUUGUCGGAUCUUGACGCUGGGCUAAAACGACUGAAGCUGACGCCAAAAUUCACUGACGACACAGUAUUUACUGUUGCCUUGGCUGAAAGCUUUCUGGAGCGAGAUGGAUUUAAUGCUGUUGAUUUUGCGAGAAGGUAUGCUUUGUUCAGCUCAUCGGCUGUCGACCCUUCGGCUCCGAUAUUCGUUGCAUCAUGGAAGAAAUUUCCUGGCCGUUGUUACGGGUGUGGGAUAAAGCCUUUAUGCACCAAGUUCGAAAAAAUGAAUUAUGUCAAUCCACCCGCAAUCGCUCUGACGCUAUGGGACGGAGGUUCAUUUGGCAAUGGCGCGGCAAUGCGUAUUAUGCCGGUGGCUUUACUGUACCACGACGAUGAAGAUAAACUUGUUUGUAUGGCGGAAGAAGUCUCAAAAGUGACGCAUGCCCAUCGGCUGGGUUAUCUCGGGGGUGUUUUACUUGCAUUGGCUAUGCAUUUGAUUUUCAAGGAGCCGUUGGGUUCGGUUAUCGAAGCAAAUGCUUUCCUUGGACGUUUGAUAGAUGCUAUUGGCAAGAUCGAAGCGGAAAUCCCCGUCGGUUCUGAUUCAGAUAGCGUUGGCGAGACAAUGAAUCAAAUUUCAUAUGCGAAGAAGCUUGAGGCUGUACGAGAAUUGUUGGAGAAAGAAGCGUCCAUCGAUGAGGUUGUGACAAGGCUCGGCAACGAGGAUACUGCUCACAGAUCCGUUCCAACGGCAAUUUACUGCUUCCUAAAGUGCCUCGGGCCAAUAUCAGGAUUUUCUAGUGAUUCUUCAAUGGAACGAACGAUAGCUCUGGCAUGUGACAUCGGUGGUGACACGGAUACAAUUGGGACCAUGGCAGGAGCACUUUCUGGGGUUCACGUAGGCUUUGAAGGUGUCCCAAAAACGUGGUUGAGCAAAUGCGAGCAACAUGAGCGAUCGGUGAAGUUGGGUGACAGACUGUAUGCCAUGUACAAAAGACAUAACAAUGCCAAACGAUUGCGUAAGAAAGAAGUCGAUUAAAAAUGAAACGAAUUACGUUUUGCGUGUUAUCAUAAACCCCGGGUACGUGAGGAAACCCGUGGUAUUGGCGAAAUAUACGUCUUGCGUGCUCUGUUGCAACUGCUUCUUCUGUGCACAUGUUGCAGGAUGCUUUUUGAGCUUUUGCAUUCGGUUGUCCAAGUGAAAAAUAUGAGGCUUACUUUCAUUCUGAAGUUCGUUUUGGUCCAUGAUUCGAUGGCAACAGUUUCUCGAAUUGAAUACAGUAUAAAGUGUGGGUUGCCAGAGUUGCGAUAUUCAUUUCUGUCGAUGAAUAUUUUGAAAAAGGAAUUCGAAGAUUACCAAUGGAGAGCUUAUUUUGAUGAUAAAUGAAGCUUUUAUCAGUUUUGAGUCGGUUCCCAUGCAUUGCUGACAUGUUUUGUGGUUUGUCGAAUCAGUUAUGAAUUGUGGUCGACGUGUAUUUCCGCAUUUGCUUAUUUCAGUGAACCUAUUUUUUGAACUGAAGCAAUGAGAUUUUGAGGGGUGACGGGUGUUCAUCUUGUUCGCGUACUUAUUUAAU